AUGCCUCCAACUCCACUACAAACGAGCCUUCCUCCGCUCCCGAUCCCACACGACUGGUCUCGAACUCCUCGGGCACAGACGAGACAAGACCUCAACGUGCUGAGCCGUCCAGGCUCAAGCCUUGCCAGCAUCCUGGAGGGCGAUACAGACGACCACCCCAGUACGGAUGAGACCGGGGAUGAAAGUCAUCUUGACAGGAAUUUCCUGCGUGACGCUGAAGCCGAGCUGAACGCCCUACGCAGCGCAUUAUCCGAAUGCUGGACGUUGUGCAAUACACUAGCCAGCUUGAGUCAUCUUCACAGGGAAAGAAUCUUCAACUUUUCAGGCCGUGGUGACAUGCAUGAACAAGCAUGGAAAGCGUGUUGGAAGUUGUGUCAAAACCUUUACGAUACACGUGAAGACACUGGACCCAACAUUGUUUCGCACAACUCGUCCAGGCCCACGUUGGAUCUAUGUCGAGACUUUUGUCAGGCACUUUUUGAAGUCAGGGUUCGAGAUAACGAAACUGCCGACUCGGUGUUGAGGGUCAGCUUCGAAUUGAACAAUCACCUCUUUAACACCCAUGAUCGAACCCUUCCUGAGGCGUUUCGUGAGAGGACAUUGGAUUUCUACAUUACUCUGUGUCACCGACUGAUGAAGCAGAAGUCGAAGAUGGCCGAGGAAACAGAUUCGUUACUUCGAGCUUGUUGGUCACUGGCGGAGAUGUUGUUUAGUUUGCGACAAAAUCGCCGAGAAGGCAAGAAACCAGACGAAGAGCUGCUUGGUUCGGCAAUACUCGCAUGUUGGGAAUUGUGUGAUUUGUUCAGAGAGGGAUGGACACGAAUCCGCCCCGAAAGAGGGACUCCGCGCCCUAGCCAGACGACAUUCACUCAGGCCUUCAACCAAGCCAAAAGAUCCGGAUUUGCCCCUUGGAACGAGAACGUCAAUCCCAGACUGCUCCCAGAAACCCCGACCACCAUCUUCGAAGAUACUGUCACUACAAUUUCACCCGAUGAAGCGCCCACUCCAAAUAUUCUAGUCCUGCGAGCUGAGGAAGCGUCGCGAAUGUCGACCACCUCAUCCAGCUCAUCGGUCUCCGCGGGCCCAUCUCAGCGUCACCCUUCUCCUAAUUUUCGGAAUCCUCGAUCCGCUCAACCCGGCCCAACUUCUGCGAACCUCGUAAAUUAUGCCCGAUGGUCAGCGAAUUCCUCAACCCUAUCACUGCCGGCGUCCGCCAUCUCUGAGGGAGGUCCUAAUCCUGUUUCCGCGACGACCGUAUCAACUGUCCGCACCCCAGGAGAAGAUCCGACCUUGAUUCUACUCAAAUCGUUAUUUGUCAAAGCCGCUCUCUCCGUCGAACGUGGAUACACGCAGACCUCUGCGGACCCAGACUUAAAUUCUCUGCCGAACUUCGUCAAGAAUCUUCCAGACACUGCUUUCGGCAGCCAGGCAUGGCAAGUUUCGUUACUCGACAACUAUCGCAAAACCAUCAUGAAUGACUCGGGCUUCCGCAACCUGGGGACCGCAGGUACCGUUGGGGAGCGAGGAAGAUUGAACCCCAUGGAAGUAGGUCGAGCUGUGCUAGGCAUGACUUCAUGUGUUUACGGCUUUGGAUGGCUGAAGGAUCUCUAUCGCUUUGUCUUCGGGUUUUAUGCCGAAGAGGCCUUCCAAGGCAUUGUGAGCAACGACACCCAUCGUCCUCUCAGUGCCGUCGGAGGAGGCGGUGGUGGUGGCGGGAGACGGACAACAGCAGCAAACAGACAACAGGGGGUGGGUGUCACUGCUGCAGCCAGUCUCGUUGCUGCCGUCAUGGGCAGUGUUGGCAAUACCAACAAGAGCAAUAAUGGUGCCACGACACCUACCGGUGGCGGUAGUAGUACAAAGAGCACAGGGAGCGGAAGUGGGAGCGGCAAUGGAAGUAGUCGAGGUGGUGGAAAUGGUAGAAGAACUGUGAGUCAGUAG